AUGAUGAGACAGUGUGCUCCUGGGCACAGAUAUGCAAAGGGCCCCACUUUGGCUUGCCUAAACUAUAUGUUUGCACAAAAGCCCUGAGGGUAAUUACGGAGUAUUCUCAUAUGCCAUACUGGUAUUACCUUAUAUGAGCUAUGGGGUGUGAUCUUCACCUCACACCCCCGCAAAACAACUGAUCCUCACCUUAUAUGCCCUGCACAACAACUGGUCCUCACCUCACACCUCUACAACAAAGCUCUACAACAAAGCUCCUUUUAUUUCAGCAGGUACAAACUGUGGAAGUUUAAAACAGAGAAACUGUUGAGGUACUGGAACCAUUUGUUACUGUAAUUACUUUGAGUAUUUGAUUCAUUCUAUGUAUUUGCUGCUGAUAUUUAACUGUUUUUUAAUUUUGUUUUUGUGCGUUACUUUGAGUUUUGUAACAAGUGGCUGGUGAUACCAAAUGUUCUUCUAGGUCAACAGGUUAGACAAUUCAACAACAUUUCAUAUCAAAGGCUUAUUUAGUUCCAUGACACAGGGCGGCGGCUGGAUGACAGACAAGAAGGAAUGUUAGGUCAACUUGACUUUUUUUUUUUUUUUUUUUUGUUUAAUCUCCGUUUAUGCCGUGGGGGAAACAUUGCCUGGUGCUCAGGAUCAUGACUGUGCAAGUCACAGUUGCAGGUAGACAGAGGAUAGAGCAGCAGUCCUACGAAUAAGCGGAUUCUUUGAUUAUGAGGGGUUUUGUUGACAGCAUAGCUUUUCUAGGUCAGUGGGGACGGUUCCAGCAGGUUGUCUUCUUCCUCCUGUGCGCCAGCAUCGUGCCCAAUGGAUUUGGAGCUUUCACCCUCGUUUUCCUGACUGAUAUACCGAGCCACCACUGCCUUGUUCCUGAAUCCAACCUUACCAAAGAUUGGCGUAACAACGUCAUACCAGUAAAGGUGGUGAAUGGGAAACAGGAGCUGAGCAGUUGCAGCAGGUACAGGCUAGAUGUGGUCCGAAAUCUCUCUGCUCAGGGAUUCAUCCCUGGCAGGGACGUCAACCUCACUGACCUGGAGCAGGAGGGCUGUGUGGACGGUUGGAGCUACAGCAAAGACAUCUACCAAUCCACCAUAGUCUCUGAGUUUGACCUGGUGUGCAGUGAGCAGUGGAAGCAGCCGUUCACCUCCACAGUUUUCUUCAUUGGAGUUCUUCUUGGAUCCUUCUUCUCAGGACAGCUCUCAGACAAAUUCGGAAGAAAACCUGUUCUUUUUGCAACCAUGGCAGUUCAGACAGUUUUUACCUUUAUUCAAGUCUUCUCUACUUCAUGGAUUAUGUUCACUGUCCUCCUCUUCAUCAAUGGUUUGGGCCAGAUAUCCAACUUUGUAGCUGCCUUAGUGCUGGGCGCUGAGAUCUUGACUGGCCAUGUGCGAGUCAUUUACUCAUCUAUGGGCUCAUCUCUGGGCUUUGCCAUUGGCUACAUGCUGCUGCCUCUCUUUGCUUACUUUUUAAGGGACUGGAGAUCUCUCCUGUUGGCUUUGUCUUUGCCUGGCCUGGUCUACAUCCCCCUCUGGUGGCUCAUCCCAGAGUCCCCUCGGUGGCUACUCUCCCAGGGAAAAGUGGAAGAGGCUGAGGCCAUAAUGAGAAAAGCGGCUAAGUGGAACAAAGUUCAGGCUCCGAGGGUCAUCUUUCAAGAUAACGAUGUUGAUAAGACAGAGAUACACACUAAACAACGCCUUAGUGCCAUUGACCUGUAUAGGACCAGCAGCAUCAGAACCACAACACUUAUUCUCGGCUUUAUAUCGUUCACUGUGACUGCUGGAUACUAUGCCCUGUCUUUCAACACACCCCAACUCCAUGCUGACCCCUACAUCAGCUGCUUCAUUUCAGCAGCUGUGGAGGUCCCAGCAUACAUUUCCAGCUGGCUGGCUCUGCGAUACCUUCCGCGAAGGCUGUCUGUCAUCGUUACCUUGCUCCUUGGAGCAGUGCCACUAUACCUCAUUCAACUGGUGCCUGAAAGUCUAUCAAAUCUGUCACUUGCACUGGAGAUGUUCGGUAAAUAUGGUUUUACCACCGGCGCAGCUCUGAUGUUUGCCUACACUGCAGAGCUUUACCCAACAGUGCUCAGGAACACAGCGACAGGGAUAUACACUACUGUUUCCAGACUGGGAAGCUGCGUUGCACCAUUUUUGUUAAAACUGAGAGGAUACCUGUUGUAUCUUCCUUACAUUAUACUGGGGACUCUGGCUAUUAUGUCUGCCGUUGCUGCUCUCUUCCUUCCAGAGACUUUGGGAAGACCUCUACCUGAAACUAUACAAGAGAUGCAAAAAAGAGAGGAUAAAGUGUCCAUGCAUCUCUGGAAAAGAAACCCCAGUGCCCGUGUCACUCUUGGACAGUCCACUGUGAUUAUCUAGAACAUUACUGAUGGAGGUGAUAUGCUGAUAUUACUGUUGAGUAUCAUUACUGCUGUUUACAUUUCUUUAUUUUUAUCUUAUUUAGGUGUGGGUUUUUUUUAAGUUUAUAAGCUAUUCAUUAAACUUGAACCCAUAGUUUUUACUUGUCAUGCAAUUGAAAACAAUGUUCUCUUUUCUAAGACAUUAGAAUAUUAAAUUGAAAUGUAAGACUUAAAUGGUGAAGUGGACUUCUCAAGGAUUUUUUUUAUCUUGCUCUGUUUUUGUAUCACUUUACGUGUAUGUGUUAUGGUGAAGAUGGAUACAAAAUAUUCACUAAAACCAAUAAUAAAGGAU